AUGGCUGUCGACAACUCCACUGAAGACAUCCAUGCUCCUGGCCCGCAGCUGAACUUGAUUGACAUCAUUGUCAUCACCUUCUACUUUGCCCUGAACAUGGCUGUGGGCAUAUGGUCUGCAUGUCGGGCCAGCAGGAACACUGUGAGUGGCUACUUCCUGGCGGGCCGGGAUAUGACAUGGUGGCCGAUUGGAGCUUCCCUAUUUGCUAGCAGUGAGGGGUCUGGCCUCUUCAUUGGACUGGCAGGCUCGGGUGCAGCUGGAGGCCUGGCUGUGGCAGGCUUUGAGUGGAACGCCACAUACGUGCUGCUGGCUCUGGCCUGGGUGUUUGUGCCUAUCUACAUCUCCUCAGAGAUUGUCACCAUGCCUGAGUAUAUCCAGAAGCGUUAUGGAGGCCAGCGGAUAUGCAUGUACCUGUCCAUUCUGUCCCUGCUGUUGUCUGUCUUCACCAAGAUAUCGAUCGACCUGUAUGCAGGUGCACUCUUUGUGCACAUCUGCCUGGGCUGGAACUUCUACCUGUCUACCACUCUCAUGCUCGUUGUCACGGCCCUGUACACCAUUGCAGGGGGCCUGGCUGCAGUGAUCUACACAGAUGCCCUGCAGACAUUCAUCAUGGUGGUGGGGGCUGUCAUCCUUACAGUCAAAGCCUUCAACCAGAUAGGUGGUUAUGACCAAUUGGAGGCAGCCUAUGCCCGGGCCAUCCCAGCCAAAACUAUCGCCAACACAACCUGCCACCUGCCACGCACAGAUGCCAUGCACAUGUUCCGAGACCCCUAUAAUGCAGACCUUCCAUGGACUGGGAUGACCUUUGGUCUGACAAUCAUGGCCACUUGGUACUGGUGCACUGACCAGGUCAUUGUGCAGCGUUCGCUAUCUGCCCGGGAUCUGAACCACGCAAAAGCUGGCUCCAUCCUUGCAAGCUACCUCAAGAUGCUCCCCAUGGGCCUGAUCAUCAUGCCUGGGAUGAUCAGCCGUGCACUGUAUCCAGGGUCACAUAUUUAUGAAGAAAGGAAGGGAUUGUCCCUCUCACUGCCAGAUGAUGUGGGCUGUGUGGUGCCUUCUGAGUGCCUGCGGGCUUGUGGGGCUGAGAUCGGCUGUUCCAACAUCGCCUACCCCAAGCUGGUCAUAGAACUGAUGCCCACAGGUCUGCGGGGGCUGAUGAUUGCAGUGAUGAUGGCUGCACUCAUGUCGUCACUGACUUCCAUAUUCAACAGCAGCAGCACACUCUUCACUAUGGACAUCUGGCGGCGGCUGCGGCCCAGUGCUGGCGAGCGGGAGCUGCUGCUAGUGGGGCGGCUGGUCAUCGUGGUGCUCAUUGGUGUGAGCGUGGCCUGGAUCCCCAUUCUGCAAGGCUCCAACAGUGGGCAGCUCUUCAUCUACAUGCAGUCAGUGACAAGCUCCCUGGCCCCCCCAGUGACUGCAGUCUUUGUCUUGGGCAUCUUCUGGCAGCGUGCCAAUGAACAGGGGGCCUUCUGGGGCCUGAUGGUGGGGCUGGCUGUGGGUGCUGGGAGGCUGGUCCUGGAGUUCCUGCACCCGGCACCUCCCUGCGGUGCCCCAGACACGCAGCCAGCUCUUCUCAGAAGCAUCCACUACCUGCAUUUCGCCAUUGUCCUCUUUGCGCUCAGCAGUGCUGCGGUGGUGGCCGGCAGCCUGCUAACUCCAGCACCCCAGGGAGCUCAGAUUGAGAACCUUACCUGGUGGACCCUGCCUCAGGUCCUUCCCUUCAGAGCCAAAGCAGGUGAUGGCCAAACACCCCAGAAGCAUGCUUUCUGGGCCCGUGUCUGUGGCUUCAACGCCAUUCUCCUUAUGUGCAUCAACAUCUUCUUCUAUGCCUACUUUGCAUGA